AUGUUUCGCAGUACGGCUACACGCGCUGCGAGAGCUGCUGCGACCGACCUCUCCCAGCUUCCGAAGACCGGCGAGAAACUCCAUGGUUUCACGCUUCUCCGAACGAAGCAUGUCCCCGAGCUCGAGUUGACGGCGCUGCACCUGCGGCACGACAAGACGGGUGCCGAACACCUUCACAUCGCUCGCGACGACAGCAACAAUGUCUUCUCUAUUGGGUACCCAAUCCGGGAUCCCUUUUUCAAGAUGCUGCCACGUACCCUGUCCAACUUCAUGAACGCCUUUACCGCCUCGGACCACACCUUCUACCCGUUCGCCACCACAAAUGCCCAGGAUUUCAAAAAUUUAAUGUCCGUAUACCUCGAUGCGACCCUCAAACCAUUGUUAAAAGAGUCCGACUUCACCCAAGAGGGAUGGCGGAUUGGCCCCGAGAACCCCCAGGCCCUUGCCGCUGGCGGCGAAGUGAAACCGGAGGAUCGGAAGCUCGUCUUCAAGGGCGUCGUGUACAACGAGAUGAAGGGUCAGAUGUCGGACGCUGGCUAUCUGUAUUAUAUCAGAUUUCAAGACCACAUCUUCCCCGACAUCAACAACUCGGGCGGCGACCCCCAGAAGAUCACCGACCUAACCUACGAGCAGCUCAAGCAGUUCCAUGCCGAACACUACCACCCGAGCAACGCCAAGGUUUUUACAUACGGUGACAUGCCGUUGGCAGACCAUUUGAAGGAGAUUGACGCCCAGCUUGGCGUCUUCGAACGGAUCAAGGGUGAUAUGGCGAUCCACCGCCCGAUUGAUCUCAGCAACGGCCCGCAGGAGGUGCGGUUGCAGGGCCCCAUCGACCCCCUAGUCGACUUGAACAAGCAAGUGAAGACAUCUGUGUCUUGGGUUCUCGGCGAUACUUCCAACGUUGUCGAAUCGUUCUCUCUGGCGUUGAUCUCCGCGCUGUUGACGGACGGCUACGGCUCACCCUUGUAUAAGGGUCUCAUUGAGACCGGCCUCGGCACCGACUGGAGUCCUAACUCAGGUUACGACAGCUCAAAUAAGGUCGGGAUAUUCUCAAUCGGCUUGACAGGCGUGGCAGAGGCAGAUGUGUCCAAGUUGAAACCCGCCGUCCAAGACAUUCUCCGCGGCGUGAAGGAGAAGGGCUUUGAUCGAUCCAAGAUCGACGGUUAUUUGCAUCAGCUCGAACUGGGCCUCAAGCACAAGACGGCCAACUUUGGCAUGUCUUUGUUACACCGACUGAAGCCGAAGUGGUUCACGGGGGUCGAUCCGUUUGACUCGCUUGCCUGGAACGACACGCUUGCUGCCUUCGAAGCUGAGUAUGCUAAGAAAGGCUAUCUCGAGGGGUUGAUGGAGAAGUACUUGAUGAACGACAACACGUUGACGUUCACCAUGGCCCCAGCCGCCGAGUUUGUGCAGGAACUUGCCAAGGAGGAGGAAGCCCGCCUUAAAACCAAGAUUUCUAAGGCUGUCGAAACUGCAGGUGGUGAGGAGCAGGCUCAAGCCGCUCUCGAAGCCCGGGAAUUGGCUCUUUUGGCCGAGCAGGGCAAAUCGAAUACUGAAGAUCUGAGCUGCCUACCAAGCGUUCAUGUCCAAGACAUUCCGCGGCAGAAAGAGCCUAUCGUUUUGCGAAAUGAGACCGUGGGCGAGGUCAAGCUUCAAUUGCGCGAGGCGCCAACCAAUGGCCUGACUUACUUCCGGGCGAUCAACACAUUAGAGAACCUCCCCGAUGAACUGCGCUCUCUCAUUCCGCUCUUCACCGAUGCCAUUAUGCGCCUUGGCACCAAGGACAUGACCAUGGAGCAGCUCGAAGACCUCAUCAAGCUCAAGACUGGCGGUGUGUCAGUCGGCUACCACUCGGCAUCGCAGCCGACAGAUUACACGCAAGCGAAGGAGGGUCUUGUUUUCUCGGGGAUGGCUCUGGAUCGCAACGUUCCAGUCAUGUUUGACGUCCUGCGCAAACUGAUCCUCGACACAAAUUUCGAUAGCCCAGAGGCCGCCCAGCAGAUCCGGCAGCUUCUACAGGCCGCCUCGGACGGCGUCGUUAAUGAUAUUGCCUCGUCGGGGCAUGCUUAUGCUCGAAGGGCCGCGGAAGCCGGUCUGACGUGGGACGCCUUCGUCAGGGAGCAGGUCAACGGCUUGUCACAAGUAAAGCUGGUGACAAGCCUGGCAAACCGGCCCGAGUCUGACAAGCUAGAAGAUGUGAUCGGAAAACUGAAGCUGAUUCAGCAGUUCGUCUUCGCCGGCACCCUGCGGGCUUCCAUCACAUGCGAUAGCGAGAGCGUCGCCAACAACACAGGGGCCCUUUCGAGCUUCCUGGGCUCGCUCCCGUCCCAUAAGGUCAACUUCCCAGCACGCCAAAACCGGGACUUUGCCAGGAACAUCAAAUCCUUCUACCCCCUGCCUUACCAGGUCUACUAUGGCGCGCUUGCCUUGCCCACCGUUUCUUAUACGUCGCCUGACAAUGCCCCUCUCCAGAUCCUGUCCUCUCUCCUGACUCACAAGCACUUGCAUCACGAGAUCCGCGAGAAGGGCGGGGCGUAUGGUGGGGGCGCAUACUCGCGGGCGAUCGACGGCAUUUUUGGCUUUUACUCGUACCGCGACCCGAACCCGCUCAACACUAUCAAGAUCAUGCGGAACGCCGGCCAGUGGGCCGUUGACAAGAAGUGGUCGGACCGUGAUCUUGAAGACGCCAAGAUCUCGAUUUUCCAAGGGGUCGAUGCCCCCAAAGCUGUUAACCAAGAGGGCAUGAAUACCUUCGUCUACGGCAUCACCGAAGAGAUGAAGCAAGCUCGCCGUGAGCAACUCCUCGAUGUCACCAAGGACCAGGUCCGCGACGUUGCCCAGAAGUAUAUUGUCAACGCAUUGAGCAAAGAGUCGGAACGCCUCGUCUUCUUGGGUGAGAAGCGCGACUUUGUCGACAAGUCCUGGACCAUCAACGAGAUGGACAUCAACGGAUCUGCCUAG